UUGCCCGUCGCUCGGACCUGAAGCUGAUCGUGACGUCAGCCACCAUGGACUCCACCAAGUUCUCCUCGUUCUUUGGCAACGUGCCCACCUUUACCAUCCCAGGCCGUACCUUUCCCGUUGAGACAUUCUUCUCUAAGAACGUCUGUGAGGACUAUGUAGAUGGCGCUGUUAAACAGGCUCUUCAAAUCCAUCUACAGCCUGAUGACGGAGAUAUACUGGUGUUUAUGCCGGGUCAAGAAGAUAUCGAAGUUACUUGUGAGGUGUUGACGGAUCGUCUGGGCGAGCUGGACAACGCGCCGCCGCUGACUGUGCUGCCGAUCUACUCUCAGCUGCCCGCAGACCUGCAGGCCAAGAUAUUCCAGCGCGCGCCUCCGGGACAGAGGAAGUGCAUCGUUGCCACUAACAUCGCAGAGACAUCGCUGACUGUUGAUGGCAUCAUGUACGUGAUUGACUGCGGCUACUGCAAGCUGAAGGUGUACAACCCUAGGAUCGGCAUGGACGCCCUUCAGAUCUACCCGGUGAGCCAGGCGAACGCGCGGCAGAGAGCGGGUCGCGCCGGCCGCACGGGACCCGGCAAGGCCUUCUGCCUCUACACGCAGCGACAGUACACGCACGAGCUGCUGCCCGCCACCGUGCCUGAGAUACAGCGCACCAACCUCGCCAACACCGUGCUGCUGCUCAAGUCCCUCGGCGUGCGCGACCUGCUCGCCUUCCACUUCAUGGACCCCCNNNAACAGGACACGAUCCUGAACUCGAUGUACCAGCUGUGGAUCCUGGGCGCGCUGGACGGCACGGGAGAGCUGACGCCGCUGGGCCGGCAGAUGGCGGAGUUCCCACUCGAUCCCCCGCAGUGCCACAUGCUCAUCGUCAGCGCGGAGAUGGGCUGCAGCGCUGAGGUCCUCAUCAUUGUGUCGAUGUUGUCGGUGCCGUCAGUGUUCUACCGGCCGCAGGGGCGCGAGGAGGAGGCGGACGCGGCGCGGGAGAAGUUCCAGGUGCCGGAGUCUGACCAUCUCACACUGCUGCAUCUGUACAACCAGUGGAAGUCCAACAACUACUCGAGCGCGUGGUGCACGCAGCACUUCGUGCACGCGAAGGCGCUGCGCAAAGUGCGCGAAGUGCGCCAGCAGCUGCGCGACAUCCUGCAGGCGCAGCGACUGCCGCUCGCCUCCUGCGGCACGCGCUGGGACACCGUGCGCGAGUGCAUCUGCUCCGCAUACUUCCAGCAAGCGGCGCGGCUGAAGGGCAUCGGGGAGUACGUGAACUGCCGCACCGGCAUGCCCUGCCACCUGCACCCCACCUCCGCGCUGUUCGGUCUGGGCAGCCCCCCUGACUACGUGGUCUACCACGAGCUGACCAUGACCUCGCGCGAGUACAUGCACUGCGUCACCGCUGUGGACGCGCGCUGGCUCGCACAGCUCGGACCCAUGUUCUUCUCCGUCAAGGAGACCGGCAAAUCAAACCGAGAUAAAAAGAAAGAAGCAGCAGUCCACUUGCAGCGGAUGGAGGAAGAGAUGAAGGAAGCGGAACAGAAGAUGGCGGAAGAGAAGAGAAAGAGAGACGAAGAGGUUCCCGUGAAGCAGGAGAUAGCGACGCCCGGCCUCAACACGCCGCGCCGCACUCCGCACAGGCUCGGCCUAUAGAAAUGUUUCUAUACAUAAUAAAUUAUCACAAAUAAAUCAACUGCAA